AAUUGAGAAAGCAUUCACUUUGGCCGAGAAUGCCGGUGAAAGUUGAUGUAAUUCCACCGCCGCCUGCUAAUUCGAAGCAGCCGGGUGUUACAAAAUCGUUGCUCUACAACGGUUCGCGCUUUCAGGGAUCGCAAAAGUCGAAGGGCAAUAGUUACGACGUUGAAGUUGUUUUACAGCAUGUGGAUGAGGAAAACAGCUACUUAUGCGGUUAUCUUAAAAUAAAGGGUCUUACAGAAGAAUUUCCCACAUUAACUACGUUCUUUGAUGGUGAAAUUAUUUCCAAAAAAUAUCCAUUUUUAACUCGUAAAUGGGACGCGGAUGAAGAUGUUGACAAGAAACAUUGGAGUAAAUUUGAAUCUUUCUGUCAAUAUGCCAAAACUUUUAACUCCGACACAUUUGAUUACGAAGCACUAAAAGGGACAGAUUUUGUAUUUAUGAGAUGGAAGGAACAUUUUUUAGUUCCUGACCAUACUAUCAAAGAUAUUAACGGAGCUUCAUUUGCAGGCUUUUAUUAUAUUUGCUUCCAAAAGUCUGCUGCAACGAUUGAAGGUUUUUAUUAUCAUCGAAGUUCUGAAUGGUAUCAAUCAUUGAAUUUAAGGCAUGUUCCAGAACACAGUAUACAAAUUUAUGAAUUCAGGUGAAAUCCAUGCUUUUCCUAUAUUACCUCUCUAAAUUCAUAUUUUCUCUGUCCCAGCAUACAGAUCUCAUAAAAGUCCCCUUGGUCUUAAAAUUUUCUUCAUAUUUGUAUAAGAUAUCUAUUCAUUUUAUAUUUAAGUAUGAAAAUCUGGUUAAAUUUGAGUUAUGUCGACUAUAUAUCUCUACUGCUACUAUACGCGCGCGCGCGCGCGCGUGCACACACACACACAGACACACACGCGCGUACGCACUAUCGCGCGCGCGUGAUACAUACACACGAUACUUUUUAAUUCUGACAUAUAAUAUACGGUAUGUACCAUAUUGUUCGGUAUAUCCAACAUUUUUGAUCAUAAUUAUAAAUAUGAUGAGUAGAGUGCCUCAGUGAGAGAUAUUUAAUUAAAACAAUUAUUUAUAUAGAUAUUCAUUGUGUAAGGCACAUUAUUAAAAUAAAUUAAUUGAUACUUUUUGUCAAUUAAAACCGUUGUUGUUGAUUAUUUGAUAUUCAUAUAUUCUACAACGAAGAUUAACUUCUUUGUCAUUGUUGCAUGAAACGAUCUUAUAAGAUUCUGGUACGUUUAUUGUUAUUUAAUCUAUCCUUUUGAAACUUUUAAAAACAGAAUUAAAUUGUAAGAUAAUAAUGAUAUAAUAUAUAUUAUAUUAUUACUAAUAUUUAGAAUAUACAUAGAAUGCCUAUUGUGCAAUUUCGUUUUUAUUGUAAGUGGUCUUAUCUUAUCUCUUUUAAACGUUAAAACUUCGUAACUUCAUAAAUGAGUGCUAAUUAUGUCAUUAAUGUGGAAGCACAUAAUGUCAUUUGUACAAUAUGAUAAUUAUAUCAUUAUAUUAUAUGUCUGUAUUGAGAUAUCUUGUUUUUUAAUAGAUUCUAUAUUAUUAUUUCCUCCUUUUUUUUAACAAAUAAAUAUCUUUUAUUCAUUAUUUUAGGGGUAUUUAUGAGAUCUGCUUGCUUAAAUAUGUCACUUAUGAUCAUAUUGCAGUGAAAAUGUUAUAUUUCAAUUGUAUUUGGAUGAAUAACAUCUAAUGUGUGAAGAAGCCAAGGAAAGCUAUUACAUAAGAAGGAGUUUAAUUUCAGUAAUUCAAAAAAUCCAUGCGUAUGAUUAUUAGAAUUUUUGUCAAUCCGUGCUUUAUUGGUAUAAGGAUGGUAUGGCAAGAAGGAAAAGGAAAACAAAACAGAAAGACAUAUGCAUAUGUAUAUGCAUAUGUAUGAUGUAUAUAUAUAUAUAUAUAUAUAUAUAUAUAAUAGACAAACACGUACACGUACUCGCAUACAUAUACAUACACAUGUGCGUACCUAUGUAUGGAUAUGUAUAUGUACAUAUAUCGUUAAAAUCUUUAAAUGUGUCAGUGAAAAAAGGGUGUAUGCAUCUGUAUUACAAUGUUGAUUAAAUAUUUCAAUCAUAAUGCAGACACUAAUAGAACAUUUCUUUUAUUAUCAAAAUGAAAUAUUAACCAAUGCUAUUAAUGUUUUUUUUUCCUUUAUAGUUUGCAUAGAACCUUGACGAUUAGUAAUGUUUUUUGUAAAGUAUUUCUCUUUUGUUACAUUUGGAAUUACAUGCAUAUAACAAAAUUUCUAAUUACUUGUUACUCUUUAUAAAAAUAUUUUUAAAAAAUGGUAUCAACUUGAGGCAUUUUCCAAUUACAAAAACACUAUAUAAUCAUACUUGUUAAAAAUCUGCAAUUAUUUUAUCAUCGUCGAUAUGUCAUAUGUCAUGUGCCUUUUAAUUGGAAAAUGCCUCUUUUAUCUUAUAUUCUUCCACUUUUUAAAGUUCUUUUGAAAGAUCAUUUUCUGAUAUAAAAAUUCCCAUUUUAUGCACGAUCGCAGGGAGUGUUUUAUUCUUUACAAUUGUAUUUAGAAGGUGCAUUUUUCAAAAGUAACAAUAACAAAUUGUAUUAUGUGUACGUAAUAUGGCAUACGAUAUUUGUUUUUAAAAAAAUCCUCUAUAUUAGAACCAAUAGGUAAUUACAAAAUCCAUAAGUUGCAAAAAAUGUAUACCUUAAAACAUUUUGUGUUAUUAUUUCUAAAUACUUUAUUAUUGUUACUAUUUUUUUCUCUUUUUUUUUUUCUUUUUUUCUUUUUAGAGUGUAUACUGUUGAAAACGAAUAUAUCCUAAAAAUAUUAGACCCACAUUGAUCUUAUUUGACGCAAUUAUUUUUAUUAUUUUUUAUAUAUUUAUUUUAAAUAUAUAUAUAUAUAUAUAUAUAUAUAUAUAUAUAUAUAUAUAUGGACACACGCAUACACACAGAUACACACAUCAUUUUUCUUUUUCUUCUUUACAAAAUCUAAAUUUUCAUAUGGGAUGAUAUAUGUCAAUAAAAAUACGUAGAAAAUCCUUCAAUUUCUCCGUUAUUAGAUCAACAUUUUAUCACUUAUUUUCUAGUUCUACAUACAAUAGAUAUAUGGAUACUCCUUGUAUCUAAGUGAUUAUUGCAUACGCUUUUAAAAGGUAACAUCGUAAAUCACUCAUAAGAUGCGAAUUGAAUAGAUUAAUAUCACGUGUCAGUAAGAUUAAUAUGAUAAAAAAAUGAUUUAUUUAAAUAUUUGUAUUUUAUAAAAUUGAUGUGUAAUUUGUUUCAAUGCUUUUAAUUUAAUUUAAGCCAUUUAUGUUUAAACACAUAGAAAAUAUUUUUUUGUAUUAUAAUUAUUUUAGUAUUCCUUGUGUGUGAAUUGCAAUGUUAAAUGAAAUAAUCAAAAAUGAAAAAUAAUUCGACCGAUAAAAAUCUGUAUACGUAGACGUAGUGCUACAAUUUCAUUGUUAAACAAAAUAAUUCCAACUAAUGCUAUUAUAUAAACAAAAAUUAGUUUCUAGCAUAAUAGUAGAAGAUUAUAAUUUUUUAAAUGUAUAACAGAGUGUUAUGUGGAUUAUCCCGAUGUAAAAUUGCCCAUAAUUUUCACAAAAAUUUAAUAAAAAUAUAUCUUAAAAACUA